AUGAAAGAUUAAUUUGGAAAUUAUGUAAUUCAAAAAUUUUUUGAAAAAGGAAGCAUAUAACAUAAAAAUAUGUUGUUCUUAGUUUUAAAAGGAAAAAUGGGAGAUUUAUCUUUACAUACUUAUGGAUGUAGAGUUGUUUAGAAGGCAAUCGAAGAAUUAAAAGAUUUUCCAGAAUUACAAGAAGAAUUAUUGUAAGAAUUAAAUAAUAAAAUUAUGAUUUGUAUUUAAGAUUAACAUGGAAAUCAUGUUAUUUAAAAAUGUUUUGAAAGUAUUAAUUCUUAAAAAUUGUGUUUUAUUAUUACAGAAGUUAUUCAAAAUAUUGAUACUUUAGCUUUUCAUCCUUAUGGCUGUAGAGUUAUUUAGAAAAUUUUAGAGUUUUGUUAACCUAAUGAAACAAGUAAAAUUUAUGAAAAUUUGUUAAUAAAUUUAAUUAACUUAUGCAAAUGCUAAUAUGGGAACUAUAUCAUUUAAUACAUAAUUGAAAAAAAGCCUGGAUACAAUAGAGACAAUAUUUUAAAUGUUGUAAAAUAGAAUUUCGUUUAACUAUCAUUGAAUAAAUUUGCCUCUAAUGUUACUGAAAAAUCGCUUUUUAAUUCUAAUGAUGAUUACAAAAUGGGUGUUUUGGAAGUUUUAUUUAAUUAAUUAUCAAAUAAUUACUUAGAUACUGGGUUUAUUAAACUUACUAAAAAUGCUUUUGGGAAUUAUGUAAUUUAAAAAUUUUAUGAAAGAUCAAAUUUUUAAGUUUAAAAGAGAAUUUGUGAAUAUUUGUUUUAAAAUGACGAUAUUUACAAUGAUAUUAUUUCUAAUAAUUAUGGUAUUGCUGUUUUUCACAUAUAUAUAUAUAUAUAUAUAUAUAUAUAUAUAUAUAUAUAUAUAUAUAUAUAUAUAUAUAUAUAUGUUUUUAAAAAUAAAUAAAUAGGAAAACAUGUUAUUAGUUAAAUUGAAAAAAGUAGAGUUGAUUAAAACCAAAAUAAACAAAAUUUCAAUUAAGGAAUUUAAGUAAAAUAAUAGAUUGAGAAUAAUUUAAUUUUUAACAAUAAAAUUACCAAAAGUAUUUCUCAAAAAAGAAAAAAUAAUUGUUAAUGA